UCUCUCCUCCGACGCCCAUGCUACCCUCCUCCUCGCGCACCCCUCCAUAGCUCACGACGACCACGCCGCGCCCACCAUGUUUCGCAUAUCCUCAAGCCUCUGGGAGCGCAUCCAUCACUAUGCGUCCUUUCCUCAGACCGGAGUCUCUCUCCAGCAGAUGGUCCUCUUCGGACAGAACCCAAGUCAGGGUACACUGCUAAGAGGCAGUCAGUUCCUCCUAGAGGAGCUACCAGUACGGCUAGCGCACAGAGUCAAGGAGCUCGACCAGCUCCCUCACAACCUCAGUGACAUGCCCUCCAUCAACAAGGUCAAGAACUGGUAUGCCCAGUCAUUCGAGGAACUCAUCCAUUUUCCGCCCAUCCGCCUCCCUGCCGACAUCCGCGCCGCCCUCCUUGCACCACCAGUGGACCCCGUAUCACUACCAGAAGCGUUCCCGAACCCUUCCCUCCACUACCAGUACUACUCCGACGACUAUGGCACACCACAGACCGGUCUUGGCAUCGUCUCCACACCCAAGAACGGCAAGGGCGCGAAUGGCAACGAGAAGGGGGGCGGCAACGGCCAAAAGAUGCGCAUCCCGAUGGAACGCAGAUACUACGCGAAUAUGUCACACGUGAAAGAGUGGCCGCCUGAGGUGCGCGAAUACAACCGCGGGUUCACCAAGACGCUCGAGGCCAUCAAGAAGCGGCACGACCCGACCGUGACCACCGUCGCGCAGGGCGUGCUUGAGUGGAAGCGCUCGAUGAACGCGCGGAACAUCAACCUCGAUGUCCAACACUGGCUCGACCGCUUCUAUAUGUCGCGCAUCGGCAUCCGUUUCCUCAUUGGCCAACACAUCGCGUUGAACACGCUGCAACCGCAUCCGGACUACGUCGGCAUCAUCUGCACGCGCGCCAACGUGCAUGACAUCGUGCAGGAAGCGAUCGAGAACGCGCGGUUCGUGUGCGAGGAGCACUACUCGAUGUUCAAGGGCCCGCCCGUGCAGCUGAUCUGCCCGAAGGAGCUGCACUUCGCGUACGUGCCGGGGCACCUGUCGCACAUCUGCUUCGAGCUGCUGAAGAACUCGCUGCGCGCGGUCGUCGAGCGCUUCGGGCCGGAGGCGGACGCGUUCCCGCCGAUCCGCGUCGUCGUCGUCGAGGGCAAGGAGGACAUCACGAUCAAGAUCUCGGACGAGGGCGGCGGGAUCGCGCGCUCCGCGAUCCCGCUCAUUUGGACGUACAUGUACACGACCAUGGACGGCCAGAACAUCGACCAGGAUUUUGCGGACUCGGACUUCCGCGCGCCGAUGGCUGGGUUCGGGUACGGUCUCCCGCUCUCGCGGCUCUACGCACGGUAUUUCGGCGGCGACCUCCGCCUGAUCUCGAUGGACGGCUUCGGUACGGAUGUCUACAUCCACCUCAACCGGCUGUCCUCCAGCCGCGAGCCGCUGCCCUGAGGACGACGGUGAGGGGUGGCGGCAUCGCCGCUCCGGAGGGGUCAAAGGAGAGCGCACACAUACCACACUCGGACGCAGGCGACAUUCUAAUGUACUACAUACGGCUUCGGGGCGCGUGAGCUAGCUACUAUUCACCUAUUGCAUGACGACGGCCGCUGUACGAGAGCAGAGUGCAUCUGUAUGAAUAUAGUCACAACAAAACUACUUUGUUUCUUGCUAUGUGAUCC